GGCGGUGGGAAGGCUGCAGCGCCGCGUGGAAGCCGCCGGGGUGGGCCGGGAAAGGUCGGUCUUCCUCGGCUCCUGCAUACAGUGUGCUUCGUUGUCGCACCGGCCCGCACCCUGCAGCGUGGGAAUAAAGUUUGUCGAUUUGGUGCCCAGCCUGGAUGCCUGGGGGGCAGGCCCUGCUGUUGUGGCGCUCCGCAAGUCCGGCUGAAGGAGCGGACAGACCCGUUCAGCUGGCUCUUCCCACGAUAUGACUUCAUGAACACUGGUAAUGGUCCUCAGUGAGAAGACUGUAGAAUCCUUGAGGAAAACACAUGGAAGACAUUACUUACUUGACAAAGAAGUUCCAGAACCAACUGAGGAUGAAAUAUUCAAAGUGAUAAAUGAAUGCUUUGAAACAUACAAGGUAUUAUGGAAACAGUAGAAGUUUGGGACUGGAAAAGACAGGAAGGACAUUUUAAAGAUGCAUGAAGAAACAUUGGAAUCAGCUCGACCGAGGCAGAAAUUUCCUAAAUGGAUGUGUAUGAAGGAUGAAAGUUGCGCUGUAGAAGAAAGAAAGGCAUCUUCUGUUCAGAAGAGUAUUUUUGAAGAUGACCUUCCCUUCUUAGAAUUCACUGGAUCCAUUGUGUAUAGUUAUGAAGCCAGUGAUUGCUCUUUCCUAUCAGAAGACAUCAGCACGAGUCUAUCUGAUGGAGAUGUGGUAGGAUUUGACAUGGAAUGGCCACCAGUAUACAAUAAAGGCAAACAUAGCAGAGUUGCACUAAUUCAGUUGUGUGUGUCUGAGAGCAAAUGUUACUUGUUUCACAUUUCUGCUAUGUCAGUUUUCCCCCAGGGAUUAAAAAAUUUGCUUGAAAAUGAAGCAAUUAAAAAAGCAGGUGUUGGAAUUGAAGGAGAUCAGUGGAAACUUCUAUGUGACUUUGACAUCAAAUUGAAGAGUUUUGUGGAGUUGACAGAUGUUGCCAAUAAAAAGCUGAAAUGUAGAGAGACCUGGAGCCUCAAUGGUCUGGUUAAACACCUCUUGGGUAAACAGCUUUUGAAAGAUAAGUCUAUCCGCUGUAGUGAUUGGAGUAAUUUUCACCUCACUGAAGACCAGAAACUGUAUGCAGCCACUGAUGCUUAUGCUGGUCUCAUCAUUUAUCGCAAAUUAGAAAAAUUGGGUGAUGCCGUGCAAAUGUUUGCUAUAAAUAAAGUGGAGGAAAUCCUACCUAGUGACAUGAAGAAACAAUUGACUUCAAUCUCUGAGGAAGCGAUGGAUCUGGCUACACAUCUUCCUGACACUUUCAUAAAAUUGGAACAUCCACAGAGGGUUUCUAACCUAUUAAAGGAUAUUUCAGAAAAUCUGUAUUCACUGAGGAAGAUGAUAUUUGGUUCUACUAACACCGAGGCUGAACUGAAGCCCAGUGUUAAUUUUAACUUAUUAUCAUUGGAGGACUCAACUGCUGGUGGAGUACAACAGAAACAAACAAGAGAACAUAAAAUUUUUACUGACGUUAAAGAUGAGACAUCGGACCCAACUCUCAAUAAUUUAGUUCAACAUGAUGGACAAAAUGUACUUGGAAAUGAAGUGAAACAAAAAGAAGAUGGAUUUGAAGAUGGCAUAGAAGGCAAUGAAUUGAAAGAUAAUAAGGAAAGAAUUUGUAUAAUGUCGUUAGAUGUUACAGAAUAUGAACUUCAAAUGUGGGAACAGCAGGCUCAGGAAGAAUAUGAUCGUGGCGUUACUUCCAAAUCUGAGCCUUUAGCUCCCAAGGAUACAUCUCAUGUAAUUGAAAGUGAUGAAGAUUUAGAAGUGGAGAUGCUUAAGUUUUCAGAGAAUCUAAAUAAUGGCACGGUAGAACCAACUGGUUCUCAAUGCUUAGCAAUGGAAAGAAAUGUGGGUCUUCCAACUGAAGAAGAUGAAGAUGAAAAUGAAGCUAUUGAAGAGGAAGAAGAAGGUGAAAAUGAAAAUGAAGCUAUUGAAGAGGAAGAAGAAGAUGAGAAGGACUGUUUGUUGCCAGAACCCAGUGCAGUGCAAGUUGCUUGCCUCAAGACCUACUUUGGCCAUUCCAGUUUUAAACCGGUUCAGUGGAAAGUGAUUCAUUCAGUAUUGGAGGAAAGAAGAGAUAAUGUUGUUGUCAUGGCAACUGGGUAUGGAAAGAGUUUGUGCUUCCAGUAUCCACCUGUUUAUGUUGGCAAGAUUGGCCUUGUCAUCUCUCCCCUUAUUUCUUUGAUGGAAGACCAAGUGCUCCAGCUUAGAAUGUCCAACAUUCCAGCUUGCUUCCUUGGAUCAGCGCAGUCAGAAAAUGUCCUAAAAGAUAUUAAAUUAGGCAAGUAUCGGAUUGUAUAUAUGACUCCAGAAUUCUGUUCAGGUAACUUGGGCCUACUCCAGCAACUUGAGGCUACUAUCGGUAUCACACUUAUUGCUGUGGAUGAGGCUCACUGUAUUUCCGAAUGGGGGCAUGAAUUUAGAACGUCAUUCAGGAAAUUGGGCUCCCUAAAGACAGCACUCCCAUUGGUUCCAGUUGUUGCACUCACUGCGACUGCAAGUUCCCCAAUCCAGAAAGACAUUGCACGUUGCUUACAUCUGAGGGAUGCUCAGUUUACCUGUACUGGUUUUGAUCGACCAAACCUGUAUUUAGAAGUUGCAAAAAAAACGGGGAAUAUCCUUCAGGAUCUGAAACAAUUUCUUGUCAAAAAGACGAGUUCUAAAUGGGAAUUUGAAGGUCCAACUAUCAUCUAUUGUACUUCCAGAAAAAUGACAGAAAAAGUUACAGCUGAACUUAGCAAACUGAAUUUAUCCUGUGGAACAUACCAUGCAGGCAUGAGUGUCGUCCAGAGGAAAGAGACUCACCAUAAGUUCAUGAGAGAUGAAAUUCAGUGUGUCAUAGCUACCAUAGCUUUCGGAAUGGGCAUUAAUAAAGCUGACGUUCGCAAAGUCAUUCACUAUGGUGCUCCUAAGGAAAUGGAAACAUAUUACCAGGAGAUUGGUAGAGCUGGUCGUGAUGGACUUCAGAGUUCUUGUCAUGUACUCUGGGCUUCAGUAGACAUGAAUUUACAUAGGCACCGCCUUACUGAGCUACGUGAUGAAAAGUUUCGAUCAUACAAAUUAAGGAUGAUGGAAAAGAUGGAGAAAUAUCUUCUUUCCAGUAGUUGUAGGCGACAAAUCAUCUUGUCUCAUUUUGAGGACAAACAACUACGAAAAGCCUCCUUGGAAAUUAUAGGAACUGAAAAGUGCUGUGAUAAUUGCAGGUCCAGACUUGGUCAUUGCUAUUCCUCAGAAGAUACAUUCCAAGACUUUGGUCUGCAAGCAUUUCAGCUGCUAUCUGCUGUGGCCAUCUUGGGAGGAAAGUUUGGAAUUAGGGUUCCAAUUUUAUUUCUCCGAGGAUCUAAUUCUCAGCGUCUUCCAGAUCAGUAUCGCACUCACAGUUUCUUUGGCAUUGGCAAGGAUAAGACGGAGAGUUGGUGGAAGGCUCUUUCCUGUCAGCUUAUCACUGAGGGAUUCUUGCAAAAAAUUCCUGGGCAUAACAAAUAUGUGGAGAUUUGCACCCUUACCGGAAAGGGUGAAAAUUGGCUUGUUAAAGCCAAGACAGAAUCUCCUCCCAGACUUAUCCUUCAAGCUAAUGGAUAUGAAGAAUGGUGUCCAACGAAGUCUCUUCUGCCGAGCUCUAAAGCUGUGUCUUCAGGCCCUGCACCACAUUCCUCUAAUCAAGGACCAGUUGGAUUAACUGCAGAAAAGCAGUCUAACAUGGAGAAGAUGUAUUCUUAUGAAGCAUUCAAGAAGAUUUCUUCUGGAAGUACCGUUCCUAAAAAAAGCAUCAUGGUGCAGUCACCAGAAAAAUCUUACACUUCUUCAGCACCUGUUAUUUCAGCUCAAGAGCAGGAGACUCAGACUGUGUUAUAUGGCAGAUUGGUAGACGCUAGGCAGAAACAAGGCGAUAAAAUGGAUGUUCCUCCAGCUAUUCUGGCAACAAACAAGAUGCUGGUGGAUAUGGCCAAAAUAAGACCAACUACGGUUGAAAAUCUAAAAAAGAUCGAUGGUGUUUCUGAAGGCAAAGCUACUAUGUUGACCCCUCUGUUGGAAGUCAUCAAACAUUUCUGCCAAGCAAAUCGUGUUCAGACAGACCUCUUUUCAAGUACCAAACCUCAAGAAGAACAAAAGAAAAAGUACUCAUUUUCACAUUCUCUGAGGAUCACUUAUUCUUUAUUCCAAGAAAAGAAGAUGUCUGUGAAUGACAUAGCUGAGUUCAGGAUUCUGCCUCUCAAAACAGUUGGCAUGCAUUUAUCCCAAGCGGUGAAAGCUGGCUACCCCCUAGAUUUGGAGCGAGCAGGACUAACUCCAGAGGUUCAGAAGAUUAUUGCUGAUGUUAUCCGAAACCCUCCCAUCAACUCAGAUAUGAAUAAAAUAGAAUUAAUUAGAACAUUAGUUCCUGAAAGCAUUGACACGUACCUUAUCCACAUGGCAAUUGAGAUCCUUAAAAAUGAUCGUGACAGCAGACUGUUAUGCCAACCUUCAUGUGACUCCAACAAAAAGAGAUGUUUCCCCAACUCUGAAGAGAGCUGUUCAAGGUCUAAGAGAAGCAAGGAAGAAGGAGGCACCAAUACUAAGGUACAUAGAAAACAUCUUGAAAAUUUUUCAUGGAAAGACGAAAGUCACAGCAAUUCUAUAAGACUGACUUCUCGGAAUGAGCCAUUGAACCAUCCAGAGAUGGAAGAUUUAUUUACAGAUUCUCAUUUACAGAAUUCAUCUGAAACCUUGAAGAGAAAAUUACCUGAGUGGUUUUCCAAAGGAAAUGAGACCUUAGCUGAUACCAGCAAGAAAACAAAGGACAAAACAAAAAAGAAAGGUCUUUUUUGUUAAGCUGGCAAUUGCGAAAACAAUUGUGUGUGUCUUGCUAUAUUGUAAGAGGAGAACUAUAUUUCAAUUCUGACCAGUGAGGAGUAAUAUUUUAGCUUAAAAAUUGUUCUAAUCACAACAUGAAGCUCACCUAUGCACUGGCAUCUUAAGUCAGCCUUCUGUAGUUCAUGUUAAGUAUUUGGGUCUUGGGGGGGCCUGAGUGAGUAUAUCAUAGAACAGAGUGAUCAAUUAGAUGUGCCUUAAGAUUGCUUUAAGAAACUGUUACUGUCCUGUUUUCUAAUCUACUUUAUUACAGUAGUAUAUUUGGAAAGUGUAAUGUGCUGGAAUUUGAUAUAGAUAACAGUAUUAUUAUGUGGUAAUUGUGUGAUAUAAAAAUAUUUAUAUAUUGCCAAAAUUUUAUCUUGUAGAUGUAAGAAGGCAUAGGUUUUUUACAAAUUACCUUUACUGUUUUUUGAAGUUCUUACAUGCAUUGUUAAAUGGUAUAAGUUGACCAGACCAGUGAAAAUGAAACAUUUUGGGUUCCAUGUAAGUAGGAAAAAAGAAUAUAAAAAAGAUAGAAAUUGUACUAGGCAGCUAUGCACUUUGUAUUUUAUACAUGAUUUCUAUUAUUUUUCAAAUAGUAAAACAAUGUCGUUCAUACUGAACAUUAUAAAGGUAUAUUUUGAACUUUCAUUUACUGAAUUAAUUGCCUGACUGCCUUUAUUUUUUGAGGACGUCAGAAUUUGAUUCGAAUCUCUCAUGUGGCACAUAUGACUUAAAGCCUAUACUCUGACACAGAGUUGGGCUCUAUAUAAGUUUAAGCAGUUCACCUACGGUCCAAAGCUUUUGACUGACUUUCUUGUAAAUAAAAAUAACCUGUUGAUGAAGAAAUAUUUGUUGUGGAAGAACUAGAAAAUCUAGAGAAGUGAAAAAAUGAAAAUAAAAAUCAUUCAUAGUUUCACUGGUGGAACAGUCAACCCUUUUUGUGUAUCCUACCAGACCUUUUUAUAUCCACUUGUUUUCUUGGUUUAUUACAUGAAUAAUACAUAAAUGAGUUUUCAUUGUAAAACAUCCAAACUAUCAAUAGAAAAGUCUCCCAUAUUCUCAUUUUUCUGCAUCCCAUUACCAGAAGGCAGCUCCUGUUAAAUAUGUGAUAUAUAGUCGAGUUGUUUCUUCUGCAUUUACAUGCCUUUGCAUAUGUAUCUACGGUACCAUAUAAGUAUUCUGUGUGAUGAAGUCCCAAGUAUGCAGAAAGCACUUUUUGCUCCAUGCCACAGUAUAAUGGUUGUCUUCAGGAAAAGCACUUGUUUGAUUGUUUGACUUGGGAAUUGAAUUAGCUGCUUUUCGUCACUAAAUACCAUUUUUACUAAAAAGAAUGACUGACAGACAACUAUGGUUGGUCAUUUGGUCUUGAGUGUUUGGCAGACAUUUUCUCAGAAUUGAUUGAAGUCAACCACUUGCUUCAAGGAAAACUGAUGGUAUUUGUUGCCAGUGAUAAAAUUUGAGAUUUCUGGCAAAAUUUAUAAUUUUGGAAAAAUCGUGUCCCUCACUGGAAGCUAGACGGCUUCCCUUAACAUAAAGACUUUUUGUUUGUUUUUUGAGACAGACUCUUACUCUGUUGCCCCAGCUAGAGUGCAGUGGCAUCAUCACAGCC